AUGGGGCUGGGUGGAGCGGCUGGUCCACAAUUCUCUAUUCGACCUCUUCUUUGCACCUGGGCUGCCGGGGAGUGGCUGGCAUGGGUGGUCGUGACGAACUCCAUUUUCAUCGGUGUAGAGGCCAUCCAGUGGGCUUACACGGGGAUGUUUACCUUGGAGCUCAUCUUGCGUAUUUGCGGGAACGGGAAGUCCUUCUUCUGUUGCGAGGACUGGGUCUGGAACUAUCUGGACAUAUUCGUCGUGCCUCUUCGGCUGCAAAGCGGGGCGAUGGUCUGGGGCGGCCUCGGGCAGGGUGUUGAGAGUAGGUGCAAGACCCCGAAGCCGAAAAUCACAACCACCAAGACUGACACCCAGACUCCCAUCUCCGCCCGCAUGCCACGCCCUUUAACUUUUCAGGGGUUAACCUCGGUGUGGGAGAAGGUUGCCGACAUCAUCCUGCGAACCGGGGUGGUGCGCUUGGCCCGAGUUCUGCGAUUUGUCAUGGCCCUGCGGACGUUGAUCUCCUCCAUCAUCUACACACUGAAGUCGCUGGUUUGGGCCAUGAUCCUCCUGUGCCUGAUCGUAUAUGUGUUCGCCGUUCUCUUCACCCAGGCAGCCGGUGAUUUCCUCCUACUCGACGGAGCCACGCUUUUGGAGCCCCCUCUGGAGAUGUCGACGUCUAAGACGCGCUUCUUCGGAUCACUCCAGACCUCCAUGCUCGCCCUCUUCAUGAGCAUCGCCGGGGGUGUCAGUUGGGUCGAGGUCGUGGGAGAACUCCAGUUGCUCUCCACGGGCUGGGUCUUUGUGUUCAUUUUCUAUAUUGCCUUCACGUAUUUCGCCGUCCUGAACGUGGUCACUGGUGUUUUCUGCCAGAGUGCCAUCGACAGUGCACAGAACGAUCAGACGCUUGUACUUCAGGCAAUACAGGCCGAGAAGCAGGCGAACAUCGAGAAGAUCACCAACUUGUUUAAAGCCAUCGACAUCGAGGAGACAGGCGUCAUCACAUACAAGAUGCUGGAGGAUCAGGUGAAUUCCCCGGAAGUGCAGACCUACUUUGAGGCCAUUGGCUUGGAUGUUUGGGAU